UCUCAUGUGUAUAUGUGCUCUAACCAAGACUUCGUUUCAAACAAAUGUCAAUAUGAAUUUCUAUUUCUUAGCUCAGAUCACCGUUCAAUUGGUGGCAACAUUGGUUCUGGGCGGUAUUAAAGACAUGUGUGUCAACUACAUGUGUAUGUACCGUCUGUAUGAUGACAAAGGUCGUCUCAACACUGACCCCAUUAGUGGACUGCACUGCAAGAGCGUACACCUUUGUUUCUUUGAGUACCAGCAAAGCGACAACUCCGUCAGGCUGCCUUUUGGUCUAGCUUUCAACAUCACAUCAUUUCAACGUUUUCGAGUUGACCUGAAACUUGUCCCGAAAAUGAAACUAGUGGCUUCGGUGCAAAUACCUUUUUUAAAGUUUCAGUCUAUUGCAAGCCGCUACGGAUCUCAUCGGACUUUCAUUAAAACUCUCUUAGAUUUCGCUCGAAACAACAACUUCGAUGGCCUGUCACUGAAAUUUCUGAACUUGUAUGAUACCGUAGACGUUGACCGUGUUUCGCUGGCAUCACUUCUUACGAACUUUAGAAAAUGGAUUGCGACAGAUGCCACGAACAGGUCACUACCUAGAUUGACGCUGUCACACAUUUUAACUGCCCAACAGAACAUGCUCAAAGAGUCCGCAUCGAUUAAUUUCUUUCACAGAUUUAUGGACUACACAAUACUGGCCGCCAUGGACAUGGCGCUCUCUGUUGAUUAUCCUACACAUAAUGCCCCACUAACGGGAUCAACAAAUAAUGUGGUUAGUUCUCUACGUCACUGGCUCUCUAAUAACGACACACGUAGAAAACUGUUCCUUGGGAUCCCCUUGUACGGAAUUCUUUAUAACUUGACGGAUUCUCAAUUAAACAGUGAUGUGGGCGCUACUAUUAUAAGUGCUAGAAAGGUGUGCUACUUCCGGCAGAAUACAAACGUGACCUUUUCUUUUGACACUAAGGAGCAGGUUCCUUUUAUGAACCACUCUCAGUUCUGGCUUGGUUAUGAGAAUCGUCUUAGUCUCGAGCUAAAGGUUUCUCUGAUGAUUCAAUCUAAACUGGCUGGAGUGGCUGUAUUCUAUGUCAACGACGACGAUGUCAGUGGCUAUUUCUGCAAGGAAGGAGUGUUUCCCUUCAUGCGUUACGUAUACAUGGCCUGCCUCAAUAUGAAUUAUUAUGCGACAGGCUAACGUAACUUGUAUUCAGCCUGAUGAACUUGUGUAGUCCAAUAAAAUGUCAAGUGUCUCUGUUAA